AUGGACGAAUCUCCCAACCGCGAUGAACCAGUUCGCGAUCCUGCGGAACCUCCCCUUCCCAUUCCGGAGAUGAUGUUUGCGGCGGGCGAUGAACCGGUAGGUGUCAGAGUUCUUACCUACCAAUCCUCUACGGCUAUCAAUCACAUACUAGAUUCCCUGGAAGAAGAUGAGAUCCAGAGAUUGCGCUUGUCUCCCUUUGGUAAGAUUGUUGACAUCGCGGAGAAACCGGGUUUCUCGGGUAGAUUUGCUAGAUACAUGUUGUCUAGACAGUUGAAGGUGGAGAAAAAAUAUGAGGCUUGGUUUCGGUUUGCGGGGAAACCGAUAAAAUUUUCUCUUCGCGAGUUCGCGAUUGUAACCGGUCUCCACUGCGGUGAAUACCCGAAGAAGACGAAGGUGAAGUCAAAGUCGAAGAUGAAGGAGAAACCUUAUUGGGCCGAGCUAUUUGGGAACAGAGAGGAGAUUCGGGUUUCGACGGCCCUAAAGAUGCUAAGGAAAAAAACGAUAACCGAUUCAGACAUAAGGAUUAAGGUGGCUUGUCUCGCGAUAGUCUCUUCGGUCCUCCUCUCCACAAACCUCAAAAUGAAGAUGAUGAAAGAACAUGCUGAGGCAACAAAAGAUCUCGACCAGUUCUUUUCGUAUCCGUGGGGUCGCCUAGCUUUUGAAAUGCUUAUGGGUAGUAUAAAGCAAAGAGACGAGGUCGCCUUCUCCAAUGAUACAAUAGCACUGAAAGGGUUUGCAUUGGCACUACAACUGGUUAUGGUAGAGGCUGUACCAUCUCUAACCGAAGUUGUCUUGGAGACUUGUGCAUCUUCUGAUUCCGAUAGCAGCGACGAUGGAGAUGAUAUCGUGAAGAAGAGGAACAAACAAAAGACACUGAGCCCCGGGCAUGCUCGCAAAGAGGACAAAAAAACUGAUGUUUUGGUUAGAAGCAUUAUCCCUGAUGAUCCGGAUAGACCAAUAGAUAACGUUAUACUUGUAUGGGCAGACGAGGUGUGCGACGUUAAAGUAGAUAAUCUUCUGAAGCUUCUAGCAGAAGGUUACUCUUUCACGGCUACGAUGUUCAAAGGUGGCGCUACCAAACUUGACGUUGAGAGAUUGCGUGACAUAGCAAAGGAGGUGGGUAAGAAGAAGCGGAAAAAUAACCCGGUUACACACAAGGAAACGGACGACGACAACCGUAUUGCAGGCAUUGUGAUGUCUAUUCUCAAAACGGAGCUCCAAAGAGUUGAUGCGAAUGUGGCCAAAGCUGUAUCAGUUGCCGAAAAAACGGCUGUUCAAGUGGACUCCUUGGAGACCACUAUCAUGGUUUCAGUCAAUAAUCAGCUUCAAACCUUCAAGGAUGAUAUCAUGCGUCAACCCAAUGGCGACAGAAGAUCAACAUCAGUGUUGGAGGGGUCUCAUGGGAGGGUAGCUAAUUCUACUUCACGCUUGAAUAACAAUGAUCAGGGCUUCGAGGCUGACUUCUUAUCAGCCAAUAGCCACACCAAAGAAUCUUCUAUGGUCUCGUCAAGAGCAGAGGUGAAUGGGGCCAAUGUUUCACGUAAGAUCAUUGGAGAGCUGUCAGAAGGAUCUCAUAAUGUCCACUAUGGUUCAGACAAUAUUGAGACUAACUUUGGUGGCUCGAAAACUGUGGCUCCAUCUCCAUCGCUUCCGGUAGCCACAGAAGAAAUCACAACAACCGCCAUUUUACAGGCUCCAUCUCCAUAUCCAUCGCUUCCGGUAGCCACAGAAGAUAUGAUUGACACAGUUCCAGAACAUAGGGAAGAAGAAGCAACAGACGACCCGUCACAUCCUCCACUAAGUCCUAAAAGCAAACGCAGUAAGGUGGUUCCAGGUGAACAUGUACAAGAGAUUGAAAGUGGGGAUGAUACACUUGCCCGAGCUCGUGAAGCCGACCCUUUUUUUACUGCAUACUCCUGCCCUGAUUUGGUAAUGUCCAAAUACACAAAGCUCGUUGGUAAACUAAGCAACAACUUUGUUAUAAAUGUUGCCGGGCUGGCAGUAACUUCCAAGGACAUCACGGGAAUCGUAGAACUCAGCCGUUCCUUACCAGCUAGGAUUAUUGAUAUCUUGGUGAGGUUUGUACGGACCACAUACAACAGUGCACCGAAUUGUAGCCGUGAGAGAAGUCCCAACUUUCUUGACACCAGAUAUGUUGUGUUGUUGUUGAAGCAUUAUCCAAAGUUUGAGCGUUCAAGAUCACAAGAGUCAUAUAAUUUUCCCAAAGAUCUUGUUCACUAUCUUGGUCAGGACGAGCCGACAAUGGCACCUUUCACUCAUCACUACUUUCCGUUUGAUCUAGGGAACAAAGACUGGGUUGUUGUGUGUUUCGACCUGAAAGCGUGGAAGUUAACUGUUCUUGAGUGCAAUAUGGGGCUCCGGUCUGAUGAAGAAUUGGCGAAACAACUCCAACCCUUCAGAGAUAUGAUCCCCCCACUUUUGAGGCGUACCGGAGUGCUCUCCACUACUGCUUCUUAUCCUGCUGUUGUGAUAGAGAGGCCUAAUGUGGUGCGUCAUAACAGCAACCGCUCACACUCUGCCCUAACAUCCAUAUUGCUCAUGCAAACGCAUGCAAGGUUUGGGAUUGAAAUCUGCAGGUCUAUCACUCCUACUACUCUCAAGGAAGAAGCGCAAAGACUUGUGGUGAUGUUGUAUGAACUACAUGAGAAGCUGUAG